AUGAGGAUCUCUAGGCUGCUGCUGAUAGCCGGUGUGGCUCAGGCUGCUAUUGUUACCGACUUCAUUAUCACGACGCUCGCUGACGGUACUCUGUCUACCGUGACUUCCAUAUAUGACAAUGCGAAACCAAAGACGGACACGGAUACUGAUACAGAUACAGAUACGGAUACGGAUACAAACACUGCCACGGGUACUACGAAGGCUACGACUACAAACACCAACACCAACACCAAUACUAAUACAGGCACGAACACGGGGGUGAAACUGAUCACUACAAGUACUGUUGUCACUGAUGCCGCCGGUGUGAUCAAGACUGUGCCUACGGUUAUCACCUCUGGUGUGAAACAAACAGGUACUACCACAGGUACCACCACGGGUACCACCACGGGUACCACCACGGGUACUACUGGCACUAAGAAGUCUUACGUGUCCACUAUAACUACUGUUGACGCUGCUGGUAGGCCUGUCACAUUGACUACGACCAUUACUGGUACCAACACAAACACUAACACCAACACCAACACUGGUACGGCAAACACACCUUACGUUACCACUAUUACCACUACUAACAUCAACGGUGUCACCGUCACUCUGACGCAGACCGUCACGCCAACCAAGGCGGCUGUUGACCCUGCAGCCGCAAAUGGUGCGCUUACUGCCUUCGUCGUGAAGUCCAAGCCUUCUGACUUGGUUGGCACUGCUCCAGACGGAAGACCAGACCCAUCCCUGGUGUCGUUCACCGAGGUGCCGGCUACGCCAGUGACUACCGUGCCAAUCGACACUUACAUCACCAUCACAGAAGGCACCACCAGAACUUACACGACCUUGCGUGUCCCUACCUCUAUCUGGGUCACAAUCACCAACGCCGCAGGCCAAACAGUCACUUUCCAAACCACAUACAUGCAGAGAUUCUCCUCGCAAUACUUGGAAGUGGCGUCCCCAUCCUCGGGCUCCAUUGGUCUGGGGUCCCUGCAAGGCGAAGUCGGUGUUGUCAAGAGCGUCAUGGUGAUGUCCCAGUCCGCCAACGCCGCUCACAAUAACGCCAGAGCCGGAACACCUGUAACCUCCAUCUGUAUGUCUCUAGCCAUGGCUUUCUUGACUAUGUUCACAUGGUUUAUGUGA